AAGAUGUUGCAGUGUUGCUUGUGCCCCCAGGCAAUCCGCACACAUACUGCGCCUCGGGAUAAUAUUAUACCAAGCACUCAGGCUCAACCCUCGGGUAAACAUGGGACUCCUGGUGCACGGCCCCUUCCCAGUGAUUACUUUAGUCAGGUAUAAAGAAACUUGGGGAUAAACGUGUUGUUAUGGGCACACAUCACACCAGUAGAGGGCCGUGCUCGUAGCCAACACUGUAGGCUAUUACCAGUGUAUAAAGUUGCGGCCGGGUAUGAGGUGGGCGCAGGGUCUUCAAGGUAGGACCGCCUGAUUCUUCUGUGUACAGACUCAAGUUUGGACUAUCCUGACAAGAUGGGUGUGGAGCGGGGACGCACCUCGCAGCGCUCUCAUGGAGUUUCAUCUCAGCGAUCCUACGGUACGUCCUCGUCUUCAUCCCAGGGCUCAAGGGCGCGCUGCAAAAACUGCUGUCGAAAGUUCGUGUCGUUUAUGUGUACACAGGUGGGCGUGGGCGGCCUGGUGGUAUCCUAUGCCAUAAUGGGCGCCUUCGCCUUUAUAGCCAUUGAGGGUAAGGAAGAAUACUGGAUGACAAAUCGGACGUCACACAUCCACAAUAACACAAUUCGAACUCUGUGGAAUUUCACAGAACACCUCAAUGUGCUUCACAAAGACCAAUGGUACGAAGACGUCAAUGACACGCUAUACGAGUUCCAGAAAAAGAUUGUAAAAGUAGUGAAGUCCGGGUAUGACGGUCGGUCGCACCUGGAGGUGUGGAACUUCCCAGCGUCUCUCAUGUUCUGUCUGAGCGUGUUUACAAUGAUCGGCUACGGUCACAUGACACCCAAGACGGAGUGGGGCAAGAUCGCUACCAUCAUGUACGCUGUCCUUGGUAUCCCGCUCUACAUCGUCUACUUCAUGAACAUGGGUCGAGUGUUUGCUAAGUCCUUCAAAUUCCUGUACCGCGUAAUGUAUAAAUGCGUUAAUAGGAACAAAACCAAGACGCUGGAUGAAGGGGAUCUGAGCGAGGAACAAGGCGAGGAACAAACCAUCAUCGUGCCCUCCACUGCCUGUAUGUGGGUCAUGAUCUUCUAUAUGACCACAGGCACCAUCAUGUUCGCUGAGUGGGAGAACUGGUCCUACCUUAAUUCCUGCUACUUCUCCUUCACCUCCCUUGCUAAGAUCGGGAUCGGAGAUUUCGUUCCGGGUUUCGGUGGUGGUGGUUUUGGCGAGGCCACAGAAGACAGCCAGACAAAACUCAUUAUCAACUUUAUGUACCUCUUGAUAGGCAUGGGCAUCAUCGCUAUGUGUUACACUCUCAUGAAGGAAGAAAUUAUGCUAAAGUUGAGAGGACUGAAACAUGAUAUUAAAGAGAAGGUGUUAGUUUGUGGAUUGAAACUUGGUCUCUAUCAAGAAGAUCAACCAUACCACGACACUCGUCCGCCAAUUCACGGGCGUACAAAGUCUGUACGCAAGUCCAUGCGUCGACGGUAGUCCGUGGUGACCAUGGAUAAUUAAGACUGUACUUUUAAAUACCGGUCUGGGCCACUUUAUAUGUACGAAGUUAGAUAAAGCGUGAAGUGCCGCUGGUCUGGUAUGGUGGCUAGUAGAUGUACAACGUACAGUGACUGUUCUUCAUACGUACUAAAAUUUCCAACAAUUUUCUCUAAACUUGGACCAAGAGGACAGUCUCCUUGUAUAUCUUAUGAAGUUUUUGUACCUUAGGAGUGUAUAUCAAGAGUGUUGUACCUGAAGAGUGUAUCUCGUGUUUCUCAGAGUGUAUGCAUUUAAAGGGCAUGUGUAUGUAUGUAUUGUUAGCAUUGAGCUGUGACCACAGAAAUGUGCGGUACAUUAUGUUUACGAACAUAAUGUAUCUUUUGUGGAGUCACUGUGUGUAGGAGCUCAGUCAGGUUAUGAGUUCAAAUUAAUCUCCAAUACACAAGUUUCAAAUAUAACAAUAAUCCAUUGAGAUACACUGUUGAAUUUUGCAUUUCAUUUCUUUAUGUGAAUGUGUAAAUAGUAUCUAAUAACUGUGAAUAGUGAACUAUUGAGGAAUUACAUGUAACUGACUUUAAUGUAAUAUUUUUUAUGUUAAAUGUAUUAUUUAUAUAAAGGUGGUCGUACUCCCUCAUGUUCUGUGUAAUUAAACAAAAACAACUAUGAUGAUUAGAAGCCGCCGUGCGUUCUACUUAUUGAAAUAGAAAAUAAAGAAGUAUU